AUGCUUUUUAAUAAACAACUUGACGCUGCUGAAAUAGCUCUGUCAGUUAGUUACUCUCUCAAUAUAUUGGGAUCAAUCCAGUGGAUGAUUCGUCAAAGUGUAGAAGUUGAGUCUCAAAUGACAGCUGUUGAAAGAGUAUUAGAAUAUUGUCAUCUUGAACAAGAGUCACCAUCGCAUACCAACUAUCGACCAAAUGCAAAUUGGCCAUCAUGUGGUGAAAUUAAUUUUAAAAAUGUAUCUUUUCGUUAUUCAAAUGAUAGUCCAUUUGUAUUGAAGAAUUUAACAUUGACAAUAUAUUCUGGUGAAAAAAUUGGCAUUGUUGGAAGAACAGGUGCUGGAAAAAGUUCAUUUAUUCAAACAUUAUUUCGAAUGGCUGAACCAACUGGUCAAAUUUAUAUUGAUAACGUUGAUAUAUUUCAGUUGGGAUUAUAUGAUUUACGACGACGAAUCUCUAUUAUACCACAAGAUCCUGUUUUAUUUACGGGCACAGUGAGAUAUAAUUUAGAUCCAUUCGGUGAUUAUUCAGAUAUAGAAAUUUGGAAAGCAUUAGAAGAAGUUCAGUUAAAAUCAUUCGUCGAAAAAAAUAUGUCGAAUAGUUUAAAAUCUCUUGUUAGUGAAAGUGGUUCAAAUUUAAGUGUAGGACAAAAACAGCUAAUCUGUUUGGCACGUGCAAUUUUAAAAAAGAGCAAAAUAUUGGUUAUAGACGAAGCAACGGCUAAUGUUGAUAAUGCGACUGAUGAAUUCAUUCAAAAUAGCAUUAGAGAAAAGUUUAAACAUUGUACAGUGCUAACAAUUGCUCAUCGACUAAGAACAGUAGUCGAUAAUGAUAGAAUUAUGGUAAUGAACGCGGGUGAACUAGUUGAAUUUGAUUCACCAUAUAGUUUACUGGAAAAUCCAACGUCUUAUCUAACUGAUCUUGUAAGACAAACCGGUGCUGCUGAAUUCGAUCAUCUACGAGGAUUAGCCAAAUUAGCCUAUUUGAGGACAUCAGUUGAUCAGCAAACAAAACAGUAUGUUGAUAAUAAAAAUAUACAAUCUGAACAUUUUGAUAAUUCCAAUGGAGAAGAAACCGAGCAAUUGUUGAAAAGUGACCAUCUAGUCGUAUGA